AGGAAGUUACUAUCUAAACCACAUCCACUUAAAAGUUUAAAAACUCGUUUUAUAAUAAUAUUUAGUCUACCGACACGUAUUGUUGUGCACCUUUCCUACAUAGCUACUAGGUAUUCACAUUAUAAUUUUAACUUUUUGGCCGUAUUAGAUUUACAAAAUGCCAUCGGCGUCGUAUGAAGUGACACAAAAGCCUAAUAUACCUCAAAAUAAUGAUCAAUCUUAUAGAAAUUGUGUUAUUACUAUGGUUUUAUUCAUUAUGAUGUGUAUCAUUAUUAUUCUCGCAACUUGGCCUUGGGGAGGCUCAAAAAUCGACUAUAUUGCAGAAGAACAAUCUAUUGAACAAUUCGAAACUGACAAUGAGUCCAAAUUUGAAAGAUUAGAAGAAAUAUCAACUUCUACGAUUUCGCCCAAAGAAAAUAAAAAAACUGAAAAGUUUGAAAGUAGUUCCGAAAGUUUUGAAUUUUCAACACCUUCAUCAGAAUUAUCAGAAACCAGUUCUUGGGUUGAUGUCGAAUCUUCAUCAGUAUCCAAUGAUAAUAUUGGAUUUUCGUCAUCUCCUGAAGAAUUUAGUUCUUCACCUCAUGACAUUGAAACUACAACAGCUUCUAAUGAUAAUACUAUUGGAAUUUCAUCGUCUCCAUUAGAAACAUUAGAAACUAGUUCGUUGCCUAUUGAUAAUAUUGAAAGUUCAUCAGUUUCUAAUAACAUUUUUUUAGGAUUUUCACUUUCUUCACUAGACUUAUCAACAAACAGUGAAGAACACACCUCAGACUUUACAGAAACUCCCAUUAGUGAAGAUGAAAAAUCAACUUUAGAUACAAGUUACUCUCCCGAAGAUUCUUCAAUUAAUAUGAGUGAAGCUCCAAUUUUAACGAGUACAGAAAAUAAUCUUAAUGAAGAUACUACUGUAUCACCAUCAACAUCAGAAGGAUACAGUCUUACCCACCUUACUAUCACAUAUUUUAAAACUGACUAUACGAGUGAUUCGCUGGAAACAAAUUCUACCACAAAUUCGGCAGAAAAUGAAGAAACAAAAUCAACUACGAUAGAUGAUUCAUCAGGAACAUAUGGAUUUACCAAUGAAAUUACUGAAUUAGAAUUUUCAUCGCUUACUUCAAAUAAUCCAACUGUUAAUACAACGCAAAACAGUAUCAUGAACGACGAAAAUCAAUUAGCUUUGAAAACAACCACAUCUAAAUCAAAAGAAGAACUGCCAGUAUGUAUGUCAGGGCAAUGCAAACAAUUAUCAAGUAAAAUUUUAUCUUAUAUUAAUCACUCGGCGAAUCCGUGCGAUGAUUUUUACGAAUAUGCUUGCGGUGGCAUGGAAUCUGAUCCUGAAAUUAAUAAUGUUGAUUUAUCUAUGCAAGUAAUGAAGAAAAUAAAAAAUUCAAUGAAAAAGUUAAUGCAUCAUCCAGAGCACUUUACUUUUAUAAAAUAUGUCAAUAGUUGCCUAGGAUAUGAUGAAUAUCUGAAUAAAAGUCAAAGAAUUAUUCAAGCUAAAGAAACUUUGAAGAACAUCGGGACAUUUUAUACUGCAUCAGAUUGGCCAAAGAAUUUUGAAUUGACCCAAUUAAUUUCCAAUAUGAUUAUUUACAACAACCCGAUACUUUUUGACAUCGUACCGGAUGUAAAUGAAAUGAAUCCUCAAACAUUUAUUCUAAGUCUUCAACCACCGGAUAAUUUAUCAAAAUAUUUCGAUCAAGCGCCUUGUAUUGAAGAUCUUGAUGACUUAUCUGGUGAAAUAGAUCUAGAAAAACUUUAUAGCAAUUAUAAAUCUUGCAAAAACAAUACAAGAGAGUUAGCUAGUUCUGUUACUAGAGCGCUAAAAGAAUUCGGUAUUUUUGAAGAAUUCAACAAUUCAGAUAAUGUAACUGAAUAUAUCAAUGAAAUAUCUAUUGAUAUACAUAAUCAAAUAAUCAAAGCUUUGAUAUCGAAUUAUCCGCCGGAGAGUGAAAUUAAUGCGUCUUAUAAAUCUAAAGAUUAUGAUAUCAUAACUCUCAGUGAUUUGGAAGAUCACUCAAAUUUAUUAAAUUGGACUCAACUGAUUUCAAUUACCACUGGAAUGACUUUAAAAUCUGACGACAAAAUACAAAUAUAUUUUAAAGAUAAUCUAUUUCGUAUUUUAAAUAUUUUAGAACAAUUUAGUACAAUGCAUUUGCGAGAAUUAAAUAACGCACUUCUUGGCCUAUACGCUAGAAAUUUAUACAAUGAAUUAGUAGAAAUGAAAUCAUCAAAAGACUCAGAGGAAAACUGUUUUAUUAAUGCUAUGAAAUAUUUACCAAAAGAAACUUCAUCUUUAUACAUUUCUUCAUUCUCAAUAAAUGAACUUGAUCAUAUAAAUUCGGUGAUUCAAAAAGUAUUCACUGAAUUAAAAGUCACAUUGAAAAUAAAUUUUGAGCAUUCAGAAUGGGCUGCAGUGGAAGGUCGUAAUCAAUUGAUUGAAAAAUUAGAAGGAUUAUCUAUUCCAGAUAUUGCUUACUUUAACAGUAGUUUAAAAUUACAUUUAACGGAUGAUUAUUUUAACAACACAAUAGAAAUAACGAAAAAUUAUAGACGUGAAAUGUACAAUAUUUUACAGCUCAAUCCAAAUAAUCCAGAACAAAUCUGGACAUAUUUUGCAAAGUCUUAUCAAUCAAAGCCUAAAACAUUGUAUAGUUUAAAUCUAAUUCUCAUACCUUUAGGUGCAAUUAACUGGCCAUUAAUACAAAAAUAUGAUCAAUCGUUUGACUAUUUAAUUUUAUCAAACGUUGGAAAUCUCAUAGCUCGUGAAAUAGCUGAUUGCUUCGACCCAAUUGGAAUAAAAUACUGGAAUGGAACACGUGAUUCUCCAUUCGCCCUUAUCGAUGAUGUCUUUACAAAGACAAAUUACGAUGACUAUGUUAAUUGUCAAAAUCAAUCGCUUUUUCAAGAGCCGAUACAUAUGAUACUUUCAUCUCACAAUCAACACAUUCGUUUUAUGAUGCCUCAAUUGACUCUAAAUUCUCGACUAUCUGACGCUAUGGGCAUUAAACUUGCCCACGAUACUUUGGCUAGAGUUGGAUCAACUUCUGCGAAGCUAUUACCCUGGUUAAACUUAAAUAUCGAUCAGCUUUUUUAUCUCACUUACGCUCAGUCAUACUGUACAAAGAUAUCAAUGCCGAACUUUGUAAUUUCUUUGUAUGAAAAUACGAUUCUAUCAAGUCGCGUGCAAAUUUAUGCUACUGCAACAAACAAUAAAGCGUUUGGCGAGUUAUGGAAUUGUCCGGAAGGUUCACAAUUACUUCCAAACUUUUCAUGUCGUAUUUUUCCAAAUCUCGAGUACCAAAGCGUAGUGAUUGAAACUGCUUAAUCAUACACAUGAUUAUUUGUUCAACACAGCAAAAUCGUGAGUGUAAUCAACAUCUUAAUUUACACUCAACGUUACAUGUUAUAUUUUUUAUUAUUAUUACUAAUAUUUUUUUUGUUUUAAUGUAUUAUUAUUUAGUAUUUAUGGCAAAGAUUUACGAACUUGAGUGCGGCUCGUAGUGAUCAGGUCGUGCGACUAGAAAGUUUGAAUUAAAUCAACCUUUACUUAUUUUACAUUAUUUAAAAAAAAUGUCUGUUCAUUUCUACAGCUCUUUCUUGUCUUCACGAUGGUCCAUAGAUUGUUUUUUAGUGUCUUCCAAGAUUCCUAAAAUUAUAUAUAAAAAAUUAAUCAAACUGUCAUAAAAUUAUUUAAAAUAAAUGUUAAAUA